UCCCUCAUCAACAUCAGUUCACUCCUUCAUCGGUAGCAUCAGCUGCCACUCAACUCUGUGUUAUCGCAGCUGUUGUCGCCACUGUCUGCAUCUUAUUAGGAUAAAACACUUUGGCUUGGUGGCUGGCCUCGCAUUAACCGUCCCUUGUCAGAAGAGUGAUUAUUGACGUUGAAUAUCUGCUUUCCUCACCGUCUACGUCAAUCUACCCACCCGUCGCUAGCUAGUCGCUGGUACCGGUAUACAAGACCAUGGACCCACAAGGUCAGCCUUCGUCAAACUCCAGCAGUGUGUUUCGUAUGGUAUCCAACUUUGUGUCUUCCAGCAGGGAUGGCUCAGGCGACAAUCACGGCGGGAUGUCCUUCCAGCGCGUUGGGUCCAAUGACAGCGAAGACAGUAACGACAGUAUCAGUCCAACCCCCGCUUCUCCUCCUCCCGUCAAUAUGCCACUCUUCAACAGCGUCAUUGAAAAGUCUAAUCCUCCCUUUGCCGCAGUGAUUACACAACCGAGUCCUCCUUCUCAACCAGGGACAGAAACAAAAGCACCUAAUGAAACAUCCCAUUUGUUAUCACAAACGGAAGCAGAGACAACCUUCUUGUCCAAUCAGCCUCUUGUUCAUCAGCCUUCCGAGCCAGAACACAAAAUCCCGUUAUCUCACAUGACAGAAGCAUUGCGUCAGAAUACAACACCCUCUCGUCGGAGCAAACGCGCCCGGACUCCGUCUGCCAAAAAGAAGGAAUCGAUUGAAUCGGAACGGUGUUUUGUCAGCAGCCGCCGGAAACAAUCUGCCAAACCAAAGUACACUGACACUCACAGAGUCAUAGCCACCAAAGAAAGAUCAGAAGACGAUAGUAGUGGGGUCUCGCAGAACACAUCAACAAAAACAACCAAUACCAUUGGCCAUGCCGAUGCAAAGCGUACUAUUGAGUCUGGUUUCAAGCCGAAAAAGAGACAAGCCCCUUCUCCCAUUCAGACCCCAUCUCCCUGUGUUGAAUUGUUGAAUGUGGAGUUACUGGCCACCCCCACUCAUUCCGCGCUAAGGAGAUUGAGAGAAGAGAAUGAAUCGUCGGAUGAUCUCAUUUGGAAGUCAUCUGCAGCGGCAACCCCAACCACGUACUUUGGUGAUAGUCCGCUCAACGGCGCCACUCCUCCACCACGCCGGAACGCACGCGUUCGAACUCCGUUUGCCAAGGGGCGUCUCUCAACAACUAACGAUGACGACGAUGACGACCCAGAGCCAUCUCCCUGGGUGGCGGUACAAUCUGCAACCAUUGUUGGGCCGGAGGUGUUCUCGAUAGAAGGACGUAAACCUGAGGCAACCAGCAAUCUUCAAGGGUUAAGUGAUGAGUCGCGAAUGAAACCAAAUGAUGCUUCAGUCAAGGCUGGUGCUUCUGAAUUGUCGGCACACCAAUCCGAAAGAAAGCCUGGAGCUACAACGACAUCUCGAAGGCGCAAGUCAUUUGUUGAGCCUGGAUCCCUAAGACGAAGCUCACGACGGGCCAGCAUGUCCUCUACGUAUGCCAGCCCAAGCCCUGCACUCUUUCAGCAGAGUCCACAUCUGAAACUCGAUGCCGCCUCGUGCAACAUGGAUAUUGGUCUUCGCGCCGACAGCUUUAGAGGCAUGUCCCCCAUUGCGGCGUCCAAUCAAUUCAGCAAGCCCCCCAAACCUCCAAGCGACCCAGAGAAAUCACAGCGAAAGAGACGUGGCAGCCGACGCGCCACAUUGGCUGUUGUAGUUGGUGAUGUCCGCCAGUCACCGGCAUUGAGUGUCGACCUUGAUAUGAUAGAAAAGCAAAAGAUGGCGCACAAUCGCAGUGGAGGGGUGCGACCAAUUGCGACAAAGGAGUCCUCCAGUGGAAGUCUCAAUACGUCUAGCAGUCGACUUGCUCACGAUGAAAAACAGUCCAAGAGCAGCAGCACAGGUCGACCAACAGCGAAGGCAGGCGCAUCUCCGAGCGACAGUGUUCAGUCUUCAUCCAAUUUGACUAAGGAGAGUAGAAAGCGUCGCAACACUCGUAGGGCUACGUUAUCAGUCCUUGUCCCUGGCCAGUCCCCAUGUGCAAGCACGGGGUCCACAAUCACUACAAUUGAUCCUGAGGAGGAAAAGCCUGCUAAACGCAGUCGAACAGCUCGGCGUCAGAGUCUCUCGUCCAGUUCGUCGGCUCGUUCAACGAGUUCAAGGGAGAAAGCAACAACCCAAGAAUACUCUUCGGUCAGCCAAGGACAAUCCAGUACUAGCUGUAUUGCUUUUGACGACACCGACGACGAGAAACCAAAGAAGCGUCGUAAAUCUGGUCGUGUCAGUACUUCCUCCUUGCCAAUCAAAGCUUCUUCAGAAUCGCCACGAACAACGGCAUCGGAUGACCAAAUCACACCAUCAGAAACUGCUGCCAAGAAGAACGCUUUAUCUUUGUCUUCGGCUCCAGCGAAAAGUCGCAAUACGACUGAGUCCAAGCCGAGUCGCCGUCUUAGCACCUUCAAGCUUCCGCCACUUCCAAGUGCUACGCUUUCUUCAGCGAACCGAAAGUCUAGACGAACGAGUCUGGCGACUGGUAGUCAAGUUGUCUUCGAAUCGGCUGAUUCCUCCCCAUCAACCCAACGCGACAAGCUAGUUCAAAAGGAGACGGCCAUUGCCACUCGCAGGAGCCCUCGUCGUCGUUUGUCUCGUUUGUCAUCGGGAGCCAGUUUAGUUGCUGCGCUUGACGCUCAGCGGUCUCAAGAUUCCUCCAGCAAUGACACCAACGGAAGCGCAAGUGGUUCGCAGGUUUUGAACCCGAUAGACAUGAACAAGUCGUCCAAAACAUUGACUCCAAGUAAGCGCCGACGAAGUCCACGAAAGCAAAGGCCAACCUCGAACACAAUCUCCUCAAGCAAUACAAAAGCUUCGUAUGGCAUGGGCAGCCGCGUCAAUAGACCGAGUAGUUCAAAGAAGCGAUUGCUGGGCUCCGCGGAAAAACCACGUACAGGAAUGUACGGUUCCGCCAAACGACUCGAAAAGGAUCUGCAGACCGCGACAAUCAUUCCGGCGAAAACGAUUUCUACCAAGGCGAGCCGUAUGUUUGCGAAUACCAACAUUGCAAGAGAGGCUUGCGUAUCUGCGAGAAUCUUUGCCUGCUUCGAUUUGUCUCAGUCCAACGUUAGCGUUGCCAUCGCGGACAUUCCCGCUAGACAGGCCCAAUCCGAAAUGGUUGCACCGUUAAUGCAGCUCUUGUCUUGUUUGGUCCGCCUCGAGAUGGCAACUCUUGGGGAAGCUGACGGAAAAUCAUCUCACUCACGAAAUGUUCACUUCAGUGGUUUUGAUUGUUCCUCUGUUAAGCCUCCUGUGGAUUCCCUGACUGGCUCUCACGAACACCAAGAUGAAUGCAUCGUUUUGUUGGUGCUGGUCUCGAUGAAAAUUCAAUCGAUUGCAGAUGGCCGCCUCGUUGAAGGCGAGAAGCUCUAUGACCAUUCCACUAUUGACGUGUCGAUAUGCAGCCUCAUCCGAUUCUUAAACCAAAUGUUGGCAGAUGCGAACCUGAAAAAGGAGUGCGCAAUGUCAAUCGAUGCAACCUACCCGCCUGAAAGAUUGAACAAGGCACUUGUAUUCUAUAAGAGCGAAUUUGAGUGCAUUCUAAAGAGGCUGACGGCAUCGUCAUCCGAGCCAUCGCUGGCCUCCAAAACUUUUCUGGAACGACGGCUCGCGGAGAUUGCAGGACAAUCCAUUCGGUUUCACCUUCGAAAACUGUUCAAUCCUCCACCACUGCCUCUAACUAAACAGACCUCGGACAAUGCUGCCAACGAUAACUCUCUUGUCGGUGCCAAUGAGGCCUCAGCUUCAAAACGAUUUUCACGUGUCUUUGAGCUCGUUGAAAUGACGCUUCCAAAUUCAGCACGAGAUUCCGCAGUCGCUGACGGGUCUGUGUCGUCUCUCUUCAGCUUGGCCCUAAGUGUCAUCUUUGAGUUCUUUGGAAAGGCAGCCUUCCUUUCUGCGAAAUCCGACGCUGAUACGAUCCCUUUUCUGAGCAGCUUUUGCACUAGUCCGGUAUCACAGCGAGGGCUUGGCAACCCCAAGAACCCGGUAAAGUACAUGUCAUCGGAAGAUUUGAAGGAGCUGAUUGGAGAGGUUGGUGAAGUCUUUGACUUCCUGGCAGUCUUCAAUGCUUGCAAGUUUCUUGUUGAUCUCAUCCAUGUCCCAGGAGUUGCACAGGAAGUGGAGCAGAUGGGCGGAUGGAAGCCGAUUGAGAAGCAUGCCAAAGCUCUUUCAGAUCUCAACCUUAGCACAGUUUGCCUGGAGGAUUCCCACUUUUCGGCUAUUGCUCAUUCAGGAAACAUGAAGCAUUUCUUUGCCAAGGUCGAGAAUUGGCUAUCCCACAUGGAACCGAAAGUAGCACUGGCAGAAAUCAGCAUCAAACAACUUGCAAAGCGCUACAAGACCAGGGCAACUAGUCCGAAGCAACGAAUUGCAAUCUACCGCAAGUUUCCUCACGUAAAAGUUAUUGCUGAAGCGAUAGAGGAGGGACGUGCCCGGGCGAAUGCGUUUCCGCUGGUGAAAGAGGUUGCGUCCUCUCUGUGAGCUUCCUUUUCAAGGUUGUGGUCACUACAGUAACUAUAGCUAAGGCUCGAUCAAGCGUCAACUGUGAAUAUUCCUGCGUACAGAUACCAAUAGAACCGAACCACAAUGUAGGAAAUUCUGCCAUGCGAUACCAAACCUUUUCUUGUCGAC